AUGACCGUCCAUUUUCGAUUCCUCGACGGCGCAGGAAGUUACCACGACGACAAGGACGUUGAAUUUGACACGGGCUGCUUCUCUGCCGAUUUGAUGAGGAGAGCAUGUUACCAUUGGGAUGUUGCUCACCUGCAACACAUUGGCAGAUACAACAACGCGGUCGUGAUACAAAAGUUUCGCACCUGGUUGGCUGUAAAGUACUAUGCAGAGGAGGUUAUGAACGCAGUGCCUCAGCAAGACUUUGAAUUCGAAGACUUUAAGCUGCGUUUGCUAGUCUGGGAGCGAAUUACGCAAGCCAUCAAAGACGAGCAAAAGGCACAUCAAAAGUUUUUUCCCCAGCAUACGCUUCUAUAA